GGCGGAUGGGAUACCGGAAAGAGCGCCAAGGGAGCCGCUCAGAACCCGGAAGGAGCGCCGGGGCCGCAGUGCGGGGCUUGCCGGGAGCCUGAGGAAAGGAUGGCUGCGGUUCCGGCCUUGGCGCGGAGGCCGCCGGGUAUCCGGAAGGCCGAGAUUGGGCUAUGGGUCCUCAGUGUGCGGUAGUGCAGCUCUGCGGGCGAGUUUUACAAAGAACCUUUUCACUGCAUAAAGCACACUCAAUAAAGGACAUGGACAAUACCUUUCAGCUGGUGAGAAACAUUAUCCCUGCUCUCACUGCCAAGAAGCACAAAGGGCAAGACGGAAGGAUAGGCGUAGUGGGAGGCUGCCAAGAGUAUACAGGAGCCCCAUAUUUUGCAGCAAUCUCAGCUCUCAAAGUGGGCGCAGAUUUGGCUCAUGUUUUCUGUGCCAAGGAGGCGGCGCCUGUGAUUAAGUCCUACAGCCCGGAGCUGAUCGUCCACCCAGUCCUUGACAGUCCCAAUGCUGUUCUUGAGGUGGAAAAGUGGCUGCCCCGGUUGCAUGCCCUUGUCGUGGGGCCUGGCCUAGGUAGAGAUGGCCCCAUCCUCGACAGUGUCAAGGGUAUUUUGGAAUCAUCCAAGGCCAGAAACAUCCCUGUCGUUAUUGAUGCGGAUGGCCUGUGGUUGGUAGCUCAGCAGCCAGCUCUCGUGCAUGGGUACCAGAAGGCUGUCCUUACUCCCAACCAUGUGGAGUUCAGCAGGCUCUAUGAAGCUGUGCUCAGAGGUCCUGUGGACAGCAGUGACCCCCAUGGAUCUGUACUGAGACUCAGCCAGGCCCUGGGGAAUGUGACAGUGGUCCACAAAGGAGAGCAUGACCUGAUCUCUGAUGGCCAGCAGGUGCUCACGUGCAACCACGAAGGCAGCAGCCGCAGGUGUGGCGGACAAGGAGACCUCCUGUCGGGUUCCCUAGGUGUCAUGGUGCACUGGGCGCUCCUCGCUGGGCCAGAGAAGACAAAUGGCUCUAGCCCACUGCUGCUGGCUGCCCUGGGCGCCUGCUCCCUCACAAGGCAGUGCAACCACCAGGCCUUCCAGAAGCGUGGCCGCUCUACCACCACCACCGACAUGAUUGCAGAGGUCGGAGCCGCUUUCAGCACGCUCUUCGAGACCUGAGCAGCACAGCCGGAAGAAAAAUGGCACCACGGACUGGGGAGUGCACCUGAACUGGAGACCUCACAUCUGCGUGCCAAGCCCUCAGUGCCCAAACAGCCGGUUGCCUGGGAGGGUUUUGCCUUAGUGUAAAUUGGUUGAAUAGAGAACUUGGGAAUUUGGGUCAUAGCGUUUUCUGUCUGGACUGAACAUGUAGUUGGGAAUGUUAUGACACUGAGUAGAGUCUUCCCGCCGUUUUCUGAGGCUUCUCAGAAGGUGGGCUUUUGGGCUGCUGAGAGUGGCACUCACCGUCCCCCAGCCAGGCGCUGAAGAUCUUCUCUCCCCCUGGUGGCUGCUCCUUGUGGAGGACCGACGUUCCCAGAUACCUAUGGGAAGGCCAAGUGUGGUCUUAAUCGAGGCCCACCAAGGAUGCCACCCUCAUUCUUCUUCUCAGUGCUGACUGGAAGUUGUUGGGGGUUAACUUAUUAAAGUGUUUCAGAAUUAUCAGUGAUAAAUGUCCCUUGAAAUCUUUUGGAGGCCCCACGGGAAGACCGAAUGAAACCUGGGUGUUACACCUGGAGGGGCAGUGGGGAGCCUGGGACGCCUCCAGCCUUCUCUGUUCUGCGCACAUGCACUUCCCAGUAAUGUCCCCGUGGUGGAUGACACCCCAGCACAGGAGCAUGACCCAGGAGGCUUGUGUCCUAUCGCUAAUGUGUUGGACAUCACUGUCUUGGGAGGAAGUAAUCAGGCUAGUAAUCAGCCUUGCUGGAGCUACUAGAGUGACAGCAUGAAGGAGGCCCUAGGGAAAGACUGAUGUCACUGUCACUUGUACUUUUCAGUAAUAUGACUGGUCCACCGAAGAAACUGUUACCUCUGAAUUCCAGUAAAGACAUUUUACUGCACUGUUAACGUUGGGUUAACGUGUUUUGUGAUGUGGUGUGUCUGACACUCUUGGUGUCUGGCCCCAUUUCUCAGAAGAUGUGGCCCUUGUAUGUUUGAGUGUGCUGAGACCUUGAUGUGCCUUCCUGCCUGGCUCCUGAGGGCUUUGUGCACUUGGUGAUCACUCCCUUCAAAAUGGUCUAGAUGGGGCUGGGGUUGUAGCUCAGUGGUAGAGUGUUUGCUUAGCACAUGUGAAACACGGGGUUCAAUCCUCAGCACCACAUAUAAAUAAAUAAAUAAAUAAAUAAUAAAGGUAUUGUGUCCAUCUAUCUACAACUUAAAAAAAAUUUUAACAAUGGUCUAGGUGGUUAUACUGUUCCCACCCUAGUACUGGAACUCAGAGUUUUAUACAUGCUAGACAAGUGCUCUCCCAGUGAGCCACAGCUCUAGCCCUUUUCAUUUUGAGACGGGGUCCCACUAAUUUGGCCCCAAACUUUCAGUCCCCCUGCUUUAGACUCCUGAGUAGCUGAGAUUAUAGACAGAUGGUCAUGCUUUCUUUAAAGCUAGUCAACUUCCAAGAUUAAAAAUUUGCUAGUAUGUCAAACUUUAGAAUCUAUCUAUAUCUGGAAGAAUUGCCUUGGACAGCAGAAAAAGCCUGGUGGUGGUUACACCCCCUGGCUUAUUUAAAGGUGGAGUUUUCUCUAAGCUGUCCUGAGUGAGGACGCCAGCAGACAUCAGAAGACCAAGGAUGGGCCUGUUACCUGCCUGCAGCAUUCUCACCACCACCUGUCAGCAUUGCCACGGCAAUCACCUGUAAGCCCGAGACAGCCACCUUCCAAGGAAAUAAAACUUGCCAAAGUCA